ACCGAAGAUGCGUACAAGGCUAACCCUAAAGCUCGAUAUUUAAUUGUUUUCAGAUUUUAGUACUUUGUUUGUACAUUUUUUUAUGGAUUUAUGCAACGAUGUCAGGGACAAGAACAGCAGUAGCAGCAGAAGCAACAGAGGUGCAGUCAUUAUAAGAGCAGACUCACUCAGUGCUACAGGGAGAGAGGAGGUGGCAGCAGUAUUAUGUAUCAGUGUAUCACAGCCAUUAGUUUCUCUAUUCAUUCACAGAAGAAGAUUCUGCAAGUAAUUGACUGAGAAAAUACCCUUAAAAACUACCAGCCCAGCUAGAACAAAAAAAAAAAACCCCUCCUUUUGUCUCUAAAGUCUCUCUAUAAUUAUCAACUUGCGAAUCCUAUUAAUUGGUUCUUUUGGGAAUCAUUUUUCACUCAAAUAUGUUGAAUACAACAAUUUCCAGAAAUAGGUUUCCUUUCACUGCUACUCAGUGGCAAGAGCUUGAACAUCAAGCUCUCAUUUACAAAUACAUGGUCUCUGGUGUCCCUGUCCCGCCAGAACUCCUCUAUUCUGUCAAAAGAAGCUUGGGAUCUUCUUUGGCAUCAAGACUCUUCCCUCACCAACCUAUUGGGUGGGGUUGUUUUCAGGCGGGUUUUGGCAGAAAAGCAGACCCAGAGCCAGGAAGGUGCAGAAGAACGGAUGGAAAAAAAUGGAGGUGCUCAAAGGAAGCAUAUCCAGACUCAAAAUAUUGUGAAAGGCACAUGCACAGAGGCAGAAGCCGUUCAAGAAAGCCUGUGGAACCUACUUCAAGUACUCCUGCAACUGCAACAACAAUUCCUUUAACAUCAAUCAACAGAAACCUCUCUAACCCCACUAUUUCACCCUCCAGCUCCUCUUAUUCUUUCUCUCACCCUUCAUCUGCGGAAUCUGAAGUUUAUGCCCAUCAAAACCCUUCGCAUGGAACCUUCCUUAACCCUUUCCUUUAUCCUCAUUCUUCAUCUACUGGACCUCCCGAUUCUGGUUUUUCACCUCUAAAUAACACACCUCACAACCUGUUAUUGGAGUCUGGAUCUUCUCCUCAAGUUGACAAAGAGCACAGGUAUUAUCAUGGAAUGAGGGAAGAUGUGGAUGAGAGAGCUUUCUUUCCAAAUGGUUUAGGGAGUGCAAGAGGCCUUCAAGAUUCAUAUAACCAAUUGGCAAUGAGUUCCUACAAAGGUUUCUCACUGUCACAGUUUCAAACCUUUGCUGAUACUUCUAAAGAAGAGCAGCAACAACCAGGGCAGCACUGUUUUGUUUUGGGCACUGAUAUUAUCAAGUCAUCAGCAACAAGGUCAAUCAAGUUGGAGAAAGAAACUGAAACCCUGAAGCCAUUGCACCAUUUCUUUGAUGAGUGGGAACCGAAGGACGCAGACUCUUGGCUUGAUCUUGCAUCCAGUUCAAGACCUCGCACUUCUGAUGAUUGAAGUCUCAAUAAUGGAUCUUUGUAAUAUGACGAAAACAGUACUUGUUCGUGGGUCAUCAAUGCCUUUCUUGCCUCAAAUGAUGAAACGGUGCCCGGGGGAAGGGUUUUUUUUUUUUUUGUUCGUUCUGAAGUUGUGGGAUUAAUAAUGUAGGGCCACCAGAGGAUUCCUGUCUUUUGCUUCCUUUGAUCAUUAUUUUGCUCUUUCCCUUGAAAGAAACAUGUUGGGGAUUUGUAGACUUGCUUGUUUGACUGGUAGCAUGUUCAAUAUGCAUGUGCUUUUGGCUCCACAACUGCAGAAU